AUGGCUAUUAUUAGGAAGCUUGAGUUUCAAGGUGUUCAUGUUGAGGACGCAGUUGGCUUUUCUGGUGGUAUUCGGCUGUUGUGGGACACUAAUGUUUUGAAUAUAGAUGUUAUUAGGUCCCAUCGCCAAUCUGUCCAUACGAGGGUGUCUUUCCUGGACGACCAUCAAGAGGCUUUAGCUACCUUUGUUUAUGGGAGCCCACAACCUGCUAUGCGAGAUGUUCUCUGGGAGAGCCUUGUAUCUGUUGUUCCUGCUCCGGAUGUUCCUUGGAUAGUUAUUGGGGACUUUAAUGCUUACCAGGAGGCUUCUGAUAAAUUUGGAGGGGCAGGUUUAAAUUUACAUUCCAUGCAACGUUUUAACUCUUGCCUUCUUUCUUGUGGUCUUUCAGAUAUGGGUUUCAAAGGUCCACCUUUUACUUGGGAAGGCAGAGGGGUGAAGGAGAGGAUUGAUAGAGGAGUUUGUAACCCGCAGUGGUUGCACACCUUUCCUGAAUCUGUUGUUCUACAUCUCCCUCAGUUGAAAUCCGAUCACAAACCUCUUCUUCUUGCAGUAUCGGGUCUUGUUGAGCAUAGGGCUUUCUCUCGUCCUUUCCGUUUCCAGGCUGGAUGGCUUAUCCAUGAUGACUUUCCUAGGUUGAUGGAUGCAUCGUGGGAUCCCGAUGGAGAUUGGCUUGAUAAUGUGUCGAAUUUCAGGGAAGCUGCUGGAACUUGGAAUGAUGAUGUUUUUGGCCACAUUUUCCACAGAAAGCGUCGUCUUAUGAAACGCUUGGAGGGAAUCAACAACCGGCUAAGUAUGAGGUUUGAUUGUGGCUUGGAUAACUUGCAAAAGAAACUUUGGCAGGAGUAUAACACUGUGCUCCUCCAGGAGGAGUUGUUUUGGGCCCAGAAAUCGAGGUGUCUUUGGCUUAAAUUUGGGGAUAGAAACUCCAAAUUUGUUCACACAGCUACCUUAGUCCGCCGUAAAAGAAAUAAGAUCGAAGCCCUAGUGGAUGAAGAUGGUAAUUUACUAACUGAUUUUGAUGCUUUACAGGUCUUCACCGUUAAUUUCUUUCACCAUAGCUAUAUGGAUGAUGGUGGUGCCUCCCUUCUCUCCACGUCUUCCUCAUUCCCUGCUGUAUCAGAGGCGAAGAUGGCUUUAGUUCAUGCGGUCUUUCCUGUUGUUGAGGUGAAAGAUGCGAUCUUUAGCAUGGGGCCUCUGAAGGCUCCUGGUCUUGAUGGCCUCCAGGCGGUGUUCUUCCAGUCUCAAUGGAAUCAAGUGGGGGGUUCUGUGACUAGUUUUGUUCUGAAAUGCUUUGAUGAUCCAUCCCUUAUCAGCUCAGUGAAUGAUACGCUCAUGGUGUUGAUCCCCAAAGUUGACGCUCCUGAUCGCAUCACUCAAUUUCGUCCAAUCUCUUUGUGUAAUGUGAUUUAUAAAAUAGUCACUAAGAUGAUCACCAACAGGUUGAGAAGAAUCAUGGGAGAGCUUGUGGCACCCAAUCAGUGCAGUUUUGUUCCUGGGAGACAUAGUUCCGAUAACAUUGUCAUAGCCCAGGAGGUGUUCCAUUCCAUGCGCUUCUUGAAGCGGAGACUUGGGUGGAUAGCUAUCAAGGUUGACCUUGAAAAGGCCUAUGAUAGGCUCAAGUGGCCUUUCUUGCUGGAAACGCUCCAACUCAUUGGCCUGGAUGAUCAUUUUUGUAACUUAAUUAUGAGUUGUGUCUCCUCUUGCAGGUUUCAGGUUUCUUUUAAUGGUGGGAGAUCUUCUACCUUCAGUCCUCAGCGAGGCCUUAGGCAAGGAGAUCCCCUCUCUCCUUAUCUGUUUGUCCUCUGUAUGGAAAGGUUGGCCCAUAGUAUUGGGGAUGCUGUUGGUUCAGGAGCUUGGAAACCAAUUAAGCUAUCUCGCAAUGGACCGCCUAUCUCUCACCUCUUCUUUGCAGACGACCUUCUUCUUUUUGGUGAAGUUACAGUGGACCAGAUGGAGUGUAUUAUGGGCUGCUUGAAUGCUUUUUGUUCUGCCUCAGGGAUGAAGAUUAGUAUCCCAAAGACUCGGUUAAUGGUGUCCAAGAAUGUGGGGUCGGUGGUGGCUAGACAACUCUCAGACAUAUCUGGCAUAGGCCUGACCUCUGACUUAGGUCGUUAUCUAGGCGUCCCUUUGGCUCAUCAGCGGGUGACGGCCUCCAACUAUCAAUAUAUUUUGGACAGAACUCAGAAGCGCCUCUUCUCUUGGCGGUCUCAAAUGUUGAAUUUUGCAGGGCGAGUAACUCUUACUAAGUCCGUCAUUGCUGCCCUCCCCACGUAUAGCAUGCAAACAAGCCUUCUCCCAAGGGAGGUUUGUGGGAAACUUGAGAAGAUUCAAAGGGACUUCAUUUGGGGCACAUUAGAGAGGUCUCAUGGUGCUCACUCGAUUGGCUGGUCAAAGCUAUGUCGUUCAAAGCAAGAUGGUGGCCUAGGACUUCGUCGUAUGUACGAUUUUAACAAGUCUCUAGUCAUGAAACUUGGUUGGGGUUUGGUGUCCAAUCCGGAUGCUCUCUGGGCUAGGGUGUUGCGUGACAAGUACUCAUGUGGCAACGAAACAAUACCUAUUGUCCAAAGGAGGAGCUGUGAAUCCCAUGUUUGGCGAGCAAUAAGGAGCACUUGGUCUGAUUUGGAGGGGAACCUUCGGUGGAGAAUUGGGGAUGGCUCAUCUGUUAGAUUUUGGUAUGAUAAAUGGAUGUUCUCUGGUACUGUUUUAAUUAACUCUGCUACUGUAGAAGUUCCAGCAACUGAGGCCGUUAAAACAGUUGCUAAUUAUUACGACCAUGAGCAUGGAAGAUGGAACACUACUCCCCUCCUCCACUGUCUUCCUGCUGCAGUGAUUGCCGAGAUUUUAUCUAUGCCUCCUCCUGCUCCUUCCAUUGGUCCCGAUCAGGUUUAUUGGGGGCUCACGAGUGAUGGUCGUUUUACCUCAAAGUCAGCGUAUGAGGCCUUUGACCCUGUUGGAGUGCAUAACCAGAACCUGGAUUGGAGAAAAUUAUGGAGAUGGAAAGGUCCCUUUAAGGUGACUCACUUUCUCUGGCGUCUUGCGAAUGAUGGCUUAUGGGUUAACCAUAAGCGCUGGCAGUCGAGGAUGACAGGGAGUGCGAUUUGCCCCCUAUGCGGAGAAGGGGAUGAAACAGGGGUUCACCUUUUCAGGGAUUGUUCCCAAGUUAAACCUCUUUGGUUGCAAGUUGCUGAUGUUAAUUACUUCCCGCGUUUUUUCCAGUUGAGCUUGCAAGAAUGGGUUCAUGGCUUCCUUGAUGCUUCGUUCACAACGUCGGGUUCUUCAGUGGUUUUGGAUUUCGGGUUCUUACUCUGGGCUAUCUGGAAGGCUCGGGUCGAUGUGGUGUUCAACGGCGCAACCUUCAACCUUCGCCGAAUUGUUGAAGCAGCGGUGCGAUUUCAAUUGGAGCUUAGUGCCAGCGAAAAUGACAUCACUCACCUGGUGCGACAACCCUCGGUGAGACAGCAGCAGCAGGGAACUACUGUUAGUUGGACCCCUCCUCCUCAGCUUUGGGUUAAAUGUAAUGUGGACGGCUCUGUUCGGCAGGAUUCCGGGGCUGCUGGUUGUGGGGGUGCUUGCAGAGACUCGAAUGGAAGGUGGCUUUUUGGAUUUAGCAGGAAUUUGGGUCGCUCAAAUGUGUUUUGGAGUGAACUUUGGGGUAUUUUUACCAUCCUCCAGUUGGCUUUGGCUCGUGGAUUUGGGAAAGUAAUUGUGGAGAGUGAUUCUCUUGCUGCUGUCACUCUAGUUAAUGAGGGCUGUGAGAGGACUCACCCUUAUGCUGCUCUGGUUUUGCAAAUCAGGGAGAUGAUGUUGAAGGACUGGGAGGUUAUUUGUCGCCAUACACUGCGAGAGGCUAAUCAAGUCGCUGACUGUUUAGCUAAUUUGGCCCACUCUUUGGACUUGGGUACUCAUGUUCUUGAUGUUCCUCCGCCUAGUUGUAGGAACUUGUUGUUCUUUGAUGUUACGGGUGUUUCUUACCCGAGACAGUUUCGUUUGUAG